CUGACCUAUGGCGGUCCAAACUGCGCUAUGAAAGAACAGUUAUCCACUUGUCGCGUCUUGUCUGUGAAUAAAAAGUACGCGAAUAUUUGAAUUCGGAGCGUACAACCCAACACUGAGAGACGGAAGAUGUCAGAAGAGAAUCACUCCGUGUGAGAGCGUUGAGGUGUCUUGACAAGGUGGAGUUUGAUAACGGGCAACGGAUACAGCGAUUGCUACCAGGAGGAAGAAAUUUUAGGUCUGCAGGCACUUAUCUUUCAUUUUUGUAAAAUUAGACUUUCACGGAAUCACCUGAAAGGGUGAUACAAACACUGUGUAAUAUGUAUAAAUUGAAAAAAUUUAUGAUAUGACUUAAAAUUCAGUGCCGAAAACAUUCGAUACAGCUUUGUCAGGACUUCACAUGCGUUUCGAGGAGGGGCAAGAGGAUUUCAAGUCAAACUCUUAUGUGCGUCACAGGUUGCACAGGGUGCUACUGAUUUAUACAAAGGGACACGGGGAAAUUGUCUGAAACGCACCGAGGAAAGGGUGGAGGACGAAGCAACAUGGCUGAAAAUCGGUUAGGGGGCGCUGGCAGUGUCUCCCAAAAGACUCUUCAUGUUACCAACUGAAAAUGGCAACCACACCGUUGGCAUUGACAGAAGUAUAAUGACAAAUUUUAUCAAUGAUAAUUUAAAAGCGGGUCCGUCCUCUGUCCGAAAGAUGAGUGUGAUAAUCCCGUACUCACCAGAUGUGCCCUGUGACAGCAAUGACCAGCGCAUGUGGUGGGCUUUCCUCGCCUCGUCUAUGGUCACUUUCUUUGGAGGUCUCUUCAUCAUUCUUCUGUGGAGAACUCUUAAAUAUUUGUGGACAGUGUGCUGCCACUGCAAAAUCAAAAACAAGGAUGCACAGAGGGUCAGUAAUCCUGGGGGACAGUCGGAGGGCGGGGUUAAGAGUGGGGGGGAUGAGAAGGAGGCGGACUCCGCUGCCAGUGAGGUGGGCUGGAUGACCUCUGUGAAAGACUGGGCAGGGGUGAUGAUCUCUGCCCAAACUCUGACUGGACGGGUUCUGGUGGUGUUGGUCUUUGCUCUCAGCAUUGGGGCACUUGUAAUAUACUUCAUUGAUUCCUCUGACCCGAUUGAGUCCUGCCAGAAUUUCAACAAGGACUUCACGUUGCAGAUUGACAUGGCCUUCAAUGUCUUCUUCUUGUUGUACUUCGGAUUACGCUUUAUUGCAGCCAAUGAUAAGCUGUGGUUUUGGCUGGAGGUGAAUUCAGUGGUGGACUUUUUCACUGUACCCCCUGUGUUUGUGUCUGUGUAUCUGAACAGGAGCUGGCUGGGGUUGAGGUUUUUAAGAGCCUUAAGACUGAUACAAUUCUCAGAAAUAUUACAGUUUUUGAAUAUCUUAAAAACUAGCAAUUCCAUAAAGCUGGUGAACUUGUGCUCAAUCUUCAUAAGCACAUGGCUGACAGCUGCAGGAUUCAUACAUUUGGUGGAAAACUCAGGGGAUCCUUGGGAAAACUUCCAAAAUUCCCAACCACUUUCCUACUGGGAAUGUGUCUACCUGCUCAUGGUGACAAUGUCCACUGUGGGCUAUGGAGACGUUUGUGCAAAAACAACCCUCGGACGCCUUUUCAUGGUCUUCUUCAUCCUCGGUGGACUGGCCAUGUUUGCCAGCUACGUCCCUGAAAUCAUAGAAUUAAUAGGAAACCGCAAGAAAUAUGGUGGUUCCUAUAGUGCUGUAAAUGGAAGAAAGCACAUUGUGGUCUGUGGUCAUAUCACACUGGAAAGUGUAUCCAACUUUCUCAAAGACUUCCUGCACAAGGACAGGGAUGAUGUCAAUGUAGAAAUUGUUUUUCUUCAUAAUAUUUCCCCUAAUCUUGAGUUGGAAGCCUUAUUCAAACGUCACUUCACACAAGUGGAGUUCUACCAAGGUUCUGUCCUCAACCCUCAUGAUCUAGCUCGGGUGAAGAUCGAGUCUGCAGAUGCCUGUUUGAUCUUAGCCAAUAAGUACUGUGCUGACCCUGAUGCAGAAGAUGCAUCCAACAUCAUGAGGGUGAUAUCCAUAAAGAACUACCAUCCAAAGAUUCGUAUUAUUACACAGAUGUUACAGUAUCACAAUAAGGCCCAUCUACUGAACAUUCCCAGCUGGAACUGGAAGGAGGGGGAUGAUGCUAUUUGCCUUGCUGAGCUGAAACUGGGUUUCAUUGCACAGAGCUGCCUUGCCCAAGGCCUGUCCACCAUGUUGGCCAACCUGUUCUCUAUGAGAUCAUUCAUCAAGAUUGAAGAGGACACAUGGCAGAAAUACUACUUGGAGGGAGUAGCCAAUGAAAUGUACACUGAGUACUUGUCCAGUGCCUUUGUCGGCUUAUCUUUUCCCGUGGUGUGCGAACUUUGUUAUGUGAAGUUAAAACUCCUGCUGAUAGCUAUCGAGUACAAGUCUGAUCAAAGGGAAAGCAGGCAUAGGAAGAUCACCCUCAUCAAUCCCGGAAAUCACGUAAAAAUGCAGGAGGGAACUCUGGGAUUCUUUAUAGCGAGUGAUGCCAAAGAAGUGAAGAGGGCACUUUACUAUUGUAAAGCAUGCCAUGAUGACAUCACAGACCCAAAACGCAUCAAAAAAUGUGGCUGCAAACGUAUGGAAGAGGACCAUCAGUCAACACUAUCGCCUAAAAAAAAACAACGCAACGGAGGAAUGAGGAAUUCUCCCAACUGCUCACCAAAAAUGAUGAGACACGAUCCCUUACUAAUCCCAGCACAUGACCAGAUGGAGACCAUGGAUGUGAGUGUGAAGAGGUACGACUCUACGGGCAUGUUUCACUGGUGUCCGUCCAAAGACAUUGAGAAGGUCAUUCUGACUCGUAGUGAGGCUGCUAUGACUGUGCUGAGCGGCCACGUGGUGGUGUGUAUAUUCGGAGAUGUUAAGUCGGCUCUGGUGGGGUUGCGUAACCUGGUGAUGCCUCUGAGAGCCAGUAACUUUCACUAUCACGAACUGAAGCCCAUUGUGUUUGUGGGUUCGCUUGAGUAUCUUAAGAGAGAAUGGGAAACGCUCCACAACUUCCCCAAGGUCUCCAUCUUACCUGGUAGUCCGCUGAGUCGAGCUGAUUUGAGGGCUGUCAACAUCAACCUCUGCGACAUGUGUGUCAUCCUGUCAGCCAAUCAGAACAAUAUCGACGAUGCGUCUCUUCAAGACAAGGAAUGCAUUCUGGCAUCACUCAACAUCAAGUCUAUGCAGUUUGAUGACAGCAUUGGGGUCUUGCAGGCUAAUUCUCAAGGUUUUACACCCCCGGGGAUGGACAGAUCGUCGCCGGAGAACAGCCCUGUUCACGGAUUGGUACGGCAAGCCUCCAUUACCACAGGGGCCAACAUCCCCAUCAUCACUGAACUGGUGAAUGACUCUAAUGUUCAGUUCCUGGACCAGGACGAUGAUGAUGACCCAGACACGGAGUUGUACCUCACCCAACCGUUUGCGUGUGGCACUGCCUUUGCAGUCAGCGUACUGGAUUCUCUAAUGAGUGCUACAUACUUCAACGACAACAUCCUCACUCUGAUUCGGACCCUGGUCACGGGCGGGGCAACUCCGGAGCUGGAAGGACUGUUGGCAGAGGAGAACGCUCUACGAGGGGGCUAUAGCACACCCCAGACCCUUGCUAACAGGGACAGGUGUCGUGUCGCACAGCUAGCGCUCUAUGAUGGGCCUUUCGCAGACCUAGGGGAUGGAGGCUGCUAUGGUGACUUAUUCUGUAAAGCGUUAAAAACAUACAACAUGCUGUGCUUUGGAAUAUACAGAUUAAGAGAUGCACACCUGAGUGCGCCAAGUCAGUGUACCAAACGGUAUGUGAUCACUAACCCACCCUAUGAGUUUGAGCUGGUUCCCACAGACCUCAUCUUCUGCCUGAUGCAGUUUGACCACAAUGCCGGCCAAUCACGUACCAGCCUGUCACACUCUUCCCAUUCCUCCCACACCUCCAGCAAAAAGAGCUCGUCCGUCCACUCUAUUCCCACCGCCCGCCCAAGCCGCAGUAAAAGCAGGGACCCACGCGACAAACAGAAUGCAUCAAGGAUGUGUAGAGGUGUCCCAGAAAAGACCUGGUUUACAGAUGAACCAGAGAAUUCUACCCCCAGGAACUUUCAAAUCAAACCCAUGAACCCUCACACAGUUAAUCAAGUCAAUCAGUAUAAAUCCACAAGCAACUUCAUUCCUCCCAUCAGAGAGGUGGAAGACGAAUGCUAAGCCUCAGGCAGUCUCAAACUGGGACGGAGAGAAACCCAGUUUUGCUCCAUUUCACAACAGAUCAAUGAAAACCGGUCUGGUCAAUGUAAGCUGUCUUUUUUUCUCCCUCACUGUGUACAGUAGGUAUUAUCUCUCAUGUUUUUUGACAAACUCUUUUAUAGGCAUCCAUAAGGACAGAUUAAUAUUAUGUAAUGUACAGCAACAUAGAUGAGUUAACAGACAAUCACUGUAAACUUGUAGUCGUCUGAUAAUUUCACUGAAAGUAUCAGAGGCAAUUGGUUGACAGUAAUGUCAAUUAUUUGUGGCCAGACUCAAAAAUGUUCCUGUUUUGGAGAAUGACGGCCACAACGGGGAAAUGAACGAAGAUGUUUAGCAAGGCACGAGGAGAGUUUUAAUCAGAAUGCUGAAAACGUUCUUCAUGAAUCCAAGGUUUUGAGUUUGGUUUGAAAAUUCAUGUGGCAAACAGCAUGUUCACAAAUCAAACAGAAUGCCACAGCACCCACUGUACAGUUCAAAAGUUCAAUAAAACUCUACAUCGCAAUGGUUGUAAUUACCAGUUAGUCAGUGUAUGUUAUAGACAGAAUGCAGCGAUUUAGUUUAUUUAGGCUUUUGGUUUCCUGGAAAGGCGUGAUUUUUUUUAAAUUGGGGAGGCAUUUUUGGAGAAAGAUUAUCUAAACAAGGCAUAGAGCCAUCAAAUCACUGGGCUGUCCAUUUAUGUUUUUAUUUAUUCAAAUUGAAGUCCUCUAGAGAGACAGAUUCUGUGCUUCUAUCCAGUGUUUAAAUGGUGUUUUAGAACUUGUCUUUUAACUUUUUAUAGUUUUGUUGGAAUACCAAAUCUUAAGAACUGGACAAGUAGAAAUGAGAAAGCUGAGGCUUUAUUUAUUAAAAAUGACCCCAUGCAUGUACUACACUCAGAAAAAUAAAAAUUAUUCAGAUUCUCUAGAGAACUGAGAAGUCCAGUUGACCAAUCAUGGUUGAGCUGUUUCAGAAAAGCAUGUUAUAUAGAUACUUUGGUAUUAAUGUGAAAAAAUAAGUUGAUGAAAACAUGCUUGAGUGAAACGUCGCAUUUAGACACAGAGUAAGCUCUGGGUAAGAGUGAAUUAGCAUGAGAGGAGAAUCCGAGCUUUAGAAUGCCACAUAUUGCACAGAGUGGGCGUGAAUGGGUCCCUCCUUUGGUUGUAGCAACUGCCUGACACGGGGGUUAAGAAUGGAGGCUUGGAUGGCAGCUUGUCAAGAUUUACAUACAAAAUCAAGUAACAAAAUAUGCACACACAGAAGACACACACACACACACACACAUUCUUAAAAACAGUGAAAACAAUGUGAAUUGCUGUACAUCCAAUACCCAAUUAAUACUCAAAUCUCUAACCCCUUAAAUGUUUCUGCUGGUUGCCCAUGGAUUAUUUGGGCUCUGUUCUCUACCUAUACUGGAAGUGGUAUUUACAUUUUAACAAUAUUGUGUCAUAAUGUCCUGUCUCAACUGUUUGAUUAGACCGAUCAGGUGGAUUAAGUAAAAGUCAUAUUUGUGUAGACUGUUAAAAGGCUUGGAAUACAGUACAAUCUGUAAUGUUUUAUAAUCAAAGAAGCAACAUUCCAUAUGUUUUCAUUUAUCAGCUGUUUCUUAUUUGGCAGACCAACGCAUCAGUGAAUAAGGUACAAUGUAUGUUUAAUGUUGAAUCUUAAAAAAUGCACAAUUAUAUUCGCCAUUCAUGAAUGUUGUCCAAAAGCAUGACAAGCAACCUAAACUACCUGUUAGCAUUUUUCAGUCAUUCAAUGUGUAUUUGCAUUAUUUGCAGGCAUUGAGGGUGUCCAAACUGUACAUGCCUCAAUGCUAGUCAUGUGUUAGGCAGAGCUACAACUGAAGGAGGAAUCCACAUGGCCCACCAAAGCAAAAAGUGGCAUGAAUGUUUUAGUACAGAGUGCUGUUGACCCUGCACUCACAUGUAUGGGUAUUAAUUGACAGAUAGACCAUUGGAAUGACUGAAAAAUGUAACAGUCAACCCCCUACAACAAAUUAGUGUGAUUUUUCACAGUUUUACAAUUUUACUCCUCUUUUUUGUUCAAAUGUAAAGGAGUAAGCAACAACUUUCUCCAGUUCUUUUGAGAAAGUAUAAAUAUUUUAUCCAAUUAACUCAUUAAUAUCAUUUAGGUGAAGAUGUCUCUGAGAAGUCAGAUAGACUGAGACCAUGAAAAUGCUUUAAUUUUAAUUUUUAAUGUUUUAAUUUUCUGGUGCUCAACUUCAAAAGAAAUCUGUAUUUUGGUUUAUUCAAGGCUUGCAGGGAGGGGAGAGUGGAAUUCGGAAGGACAGUGAUGAUGGUUCAUGUUUGAUGUUUUUUUGCAACAUAAAGAGUCUAAUUAUGAAUACGUUAUAUUAUCUUGUACAAAUGGCUUGUAAAUAAGUUGUACAUGAUCU